CGUGUGUAUAUAUAGAGGGCGCGCCGCGGCAGUACAGCCACACCACCAGACGCCACCAUGCUCCGCCUCUCCAUCGCACUUUCGCUGCUCGCGCUGCUGGCUGCGCUGGCUGCCGCUCAGGACAAGUACCCGGAUACUUUCGACCAGCUGGACAUGAAGGCGCUGCUGUCUGACAAGGCUCGCAUUGAGGCCGCGAUCCAGUGUCUGGACGAAGAUGGCGACGGCGCCUGCAGACCCGCCGGAAAGUUGCUCAAGUCGGUGCUGGCCGAGAUCGUGAAGACGGAUUGCGCCAAGUGCACGGAGACACAGAAGGAGAAGGUGGCCAGCUUCUUUGCGCACGUGUCGCAACACUACCCGGAGCAGAUGAAGAAGCUGCUGGACAAGUACGACCCGAGCAAGGAGUACAGGGCCAAGUACGCCCAGACGUGGGCGGCCGAUGGAAUCAAAGUGUGACCGCUCUCCCCUCCAUUCAUACUCUACUUCCUUACAGCAGCUCAAAAGCAUCGUCCGCAACGCAGGGUUUCUGCAUCGUACUCCGAGCAUCUCAUUCUGAAUAAUUAUGCCAUCAAAAUGCUGUUUUAAGCGAAAGUAAUUAAUAAAGAUUUCGUUUGUAAUCUUACUUCCUAACUUGCAUUGUUUCCUUUCCUACAUCUCCUCCAUAAACGUGUGAAGUCAUUCUCGUCAGAAUGAAAUGCUUUUCUUUCGGUCCGAAACAAACAUACUGAUGCAUCAAAGUCUGUGAUGAGUAUUUGACAAACCUAAGUAUUAUACCAGUCAGUCGAGGAACUAUGCACUGUUAUUAGUUUAUGUGUACAUUGGCAAUUAAAAAAAUAAAAUAAAAAACAGUGACUUGAGUAA